CCGGGACUGAGAGACUUGGAACCUUCCCUGUUGGACACCAGUUCUGACUGUUCCUGGGCCCAUAGUUCUGUCAUUGGGCCGGUGACUACCAUCUGCAGAGGAUGUCAAAUGAAAAGAGCUUCCUGGUUACUGGGGAUCCCUACUCCAGUGCCCCAUACCCUGUAGGACAAGGUCCCGCCCCUCCCCCCACAUAUACACCUGGGCCCUACCCCAAUACUGCUCCCUACCCCAGUGAGGUUCCCUACCCCAAUGCAGUCCCUUACCCACAAAAUGUCCCAAUGGGGCAGCCACCUUACCCUCCUUACAACCAGGGAGCUUAUCCCAGCGGGCCCUACCAGCAGCCCCCCUAUGGACACAUGGGCUACUCCUCCCAAUCCAGCGAUUUUGACUCACCGAUGCACAGCACCUCGUAUCAUGAAGAAGGUCCCCCCUCCUACUGCGACAACCAGGAUUUUCCCACCAGCCACUGGGAUGAUAAAAAUAUCCGCCGCGCAUUUAUUCGGAAGGUGUUCCUGGUGCUCACGGCUCAGCUCUUGGUCACUUUUGCAUUCGUUGCUGUUUUCACAUUUGUGGAUGAAGCAAAGUUGUUUGUGAGAAGGAACGUGUGGACGUAUUAUCUCUCGUAUGCAAUCUUCUUCGUCUCCCUCAUCACCCUCAGUUGCUGCGGAAAUUUCCACCGUCGCCAUCCUUGGAAUCUUGUGGCCCUGUCCAUCCUGACGCUCAGCCUGUCGUACAUGGUGGGAAUGAUCGCCAGUUUUUACGACACGGAUGCGGUGAUCAUGGCCAUUGGGAUUACGGCGACUGUCUGCUUCACGGUCAUCCUGUUCUCCAUGCAGACAAAGUACGACUUCACGUCAUGUAUGGGGGUCCUGCUGGUGAGCCUCAUUGUGCUGCUCAUCUUCUCCAUUCUGUGCAUCUUCAUCAGGAACAAGAUCCUGCAGAUUGUCUAUGCCUCUCUGGGAGCCCUGCUCUUCACAUGUUUCCUGGCUGUGGACACUCAGAUGAUUUUGGGGAACAAGCAGUUGUCUCUGAGCCCCGAGGAAUAUGUAUUUGCGGCUCUCAAUCUCUACACGGAUAUCAUCAAUAUCUUCCUCUACAUCCUGGCCAUUAUUGGAAAGGCUAAGGAAUAAUCCCCUGGAUAUUGGGACACUGUCGGCUCCAUUCCCUCUUCUCUCUGUUCCGAGUCGCCCCUUUCUUAACCACCGUGUUCAUUAGCUCCAGGCUGAUUGGAUGGUUCAGUAAUUGUGCUCCAUCCCUUUCCCAGCUCUGCCGCAGGGGUAUGACAGACCCACUAACUACACGGGGUCCUGAGGCUUUCUCUUCUGUUUGUAUCUGUGUAGUUGUUACAUUUAUUUAUGUUACGGGCAAAUGAAGAACCAAACACAGGACACUUUAUACACACAGUCACUUCCACAUAAUUACACACACACACACACUUUCAUACACACACACACACAUACACACACUCUCAUACACACACCCACAUACACACACACUUACACAAGAAUCCCAGAAUGUGAAUGCAUUUGUCUGGCUUCUCCCACCCUACUGCACGGAGGGGGUAUGACGCUGCACAGCAUGGCUUGGGCCAAACCACUGGAGGAACAUCCCGACUGUAUUGUCAGCUGACAUGUGAGUUACAGUUCAUCAUGAAGCAGCAGGAGGGUCUGUAAGACUAUUGUGCUUCUCACUAACUCCAUUCACUACAUACACACACAUUGGGCUAGUGCAGAUAUAACAUGUAGGCCAGGCUAAUGGGGCGCAUGACAUGUCGGGGGUAACACUGGCCACAUUCAUUUUGAUGAGAAACCUUUAAUGGUCAGUGGAAGCCCAGGGAAAAGUCUGGAAUUGAAAUUCUCGUCCAAUUGAAUGUGCCCAGAGUGCGCCGGCUCCUGUUUAGGCAAAGGGCUCAAUAAAAUCUCAGACUGGCUCUGCCAUUGGACAAUUGGACAGAAACGCUCAAAUGAUCUGCCUUGAUUGGGUGCGGGAUCCUCCCUUCUGCUUAUUGGUUAAUAGUGCAGUGUGAUGUGUGUUCUGCACUAAAGGGUUAAUUCCUUGUCUGUAAAUGUACAGUAUUAACCAUUGCUCUGACCAGUACCACUAUCUGUCACGCUGUUCCCAUGUCUGUCCUCAAUGCACGCAAAUCUACAAUACAAGUAUGUAGGAAAGAAA